AUGAUACCCCUCCAACUUACCAUCUUCAGCAUUGUCAUCUAUAUGCUUGAGUCCUUGACAAUUAUUGUGCAGAGCAGCUUAAUUGUUGCAGUGUUUUGCAGAGAAUGGCUGCAGGUCAAAAGAUUGUCACCUGUGGACAUGAUUCUCACCAGCCUGGGCAUCUGUCGCUUCUUUCUACAGUGGUUAUCAAUUAUUUCUGAUUUUUUCUUCUAUUUUAACCUGAAUUGUGUAUUUUGGUACAUAUCAAUCAUCUGGGAAUUUAGUAAUGUUCUUAUAUUCUGGUUAACUAGCUUGCUUGCUGUCUUCUACUGUGUCAAGGUCUCUUCUUUCACCAACCCCAUCUUCCUCUGGCUGAGGUGGAGAAUUUUGAGGUCAGUUCCCUGGUUGUUACUGGGUUCACUGAUAAUUUCUUGUGUGACAAUCAUCCCUUCAGCUAUUAGCAAGCACAUCCAGAUUCAGUUAACCACCAUGGAGCAUUUGCCAAGAAACAGCACCGUGAUUGUGAGACUUGUGAUGGUUCAGCAGUAUUUGAUUAAUGCUCAUAGAAUUGUUGCAUUGAGUAUUCCUUUCCUCGUGUUCCUGGCCUCCACCACCUUGCUCGUGUCCUCACUGAUCCAGCAUGUGCAGCAGAUGCAACAUCAUAACACUGGCCAUGGCAACUCCAGCAUGAAAGCUCACUCCACUGCCCUGAGGUCUCUUGCCAUCUUAUUUAUCUUCUUCACCUCUUACUUUCUGACCAUACUCGUCUCCUUAACACACAGCCUAACUGAUAAGAGAUCUUGGUUCUGGGUCUGGGAAGCUGUCAUCUAUGCAGUAGUCUGUAUUCAUUCCACUUCACUGAUGUCGAGCAGCCCUACAUUAAAAAAGGCCCUAAAGGUAAAGCGCUGGGGCUUAGAUGCUGCCUAA